AUGGCGACGGUGCUGCACAGUUGGCUGAACGAAGCGCAGGAAAGCAGCCGGUACAAUUCGGUGGCUGCCAAGUACGGGCAACGGGUACGGUCCACAGUGGUGGUGGACACACCCUCGGGCAUGUCUCAGACGGGGCAAAACGCGCUCCGGUUCUUACGGUCUCUGUCCGAACAUUCGCCUACGUUUUUCGAAGAUCAGGCCAGACUGCUCAGUCCCCCCACACCUGGUCUCCUUGCCUCCAGCCCUAUUCCAACCACCACGAGUCCGCCGUCCUCUGCGCUUGCCACGCCCGUUGUGCCCAUGAGUGGUCCUCAGCGUGUACAGCCACGCCGCCAGCCAUCGGCCUCUUCUCGCGCCCAUUUGCGUGAUUUCGACGAGGCGCUGUUCUCCCUGGACAUGCCCCCGACGGACGAUCCUCUCUUUGUGCCCAAUCCCAACCAUCUCAAUCAUCACCACCGCCAUCACCAGCAGCGAGCACGUCCCUACCCUGCCCUGCCGCGCAUACACCCGCACCCGGACCUCGCGCCCCUCGGCGGCUCCUACUUCCCCCUCCGCCCGAUCCGUCCCCGGGCCUGGGCCUGGGCCUGA